AUGGUAGGUAAAAAUGAUAAAAAUUUUGGAGUUAUAGAAAGAAUUCCUCCUGAUGGAGGUUGGGGAUGGAUUAUUGUUUUAUCAUCAUUUAUCAUUCAUUUUAUAAUCGACGGAAUAACAUAUUCAAUGGGUGAUAUUUACUUAGAAUCAAUGUUAUCCAAUCUUGAGUUUAGUCGUGCUUAUGUAUCAGCAAUAUUUGCCUUGUUAGAAUCAAUAACAUUAACUUCAGCACCAAUUUCAACAGUUUUUACAAAUAGAUUUGGAUGUCGUAGAAUGACGAUAGUUGGUGCUAUUAUAGGAUCAUUAGGAUUUUUUCUCAGUCGAUGGUGGAGCAAUGUUUAUUAUUAUUAUCUUACCAUUGGUUUCAUUGGAGGAAUUGGUUGUGGACUUAUUUAUUUACCUGCAAUUGUCUCUGUUGGAUAUUAUUUUGAAGAAAAACGUUCAUUUGCAAUGGGUAUUGCUGUAUGUGGAUCAGGUUUGGGUACAGUUACAUUUCCAUUUAUUCUUCCUUGGUUAAUAAAUAGAUUAUUUUCGAAUGAUUAUAAAAAUGCUCUUUUAUUUGAAUCAUUUCUUAUAUUAAUAUGUUUCUUUUUUGGUCUUCUUAUGAUUCCUCUACCAAUAGAACCUAGUGAACAACGUCGUUUACGAUUUAAAUUACGAUCAGAAGUUAACGAAUCAAUAGAAAAUAUAAACGACGAAAAUAAUCAACCAACUGAACAAGUUAUUCAACAUGAAAGUGUAUCUUUUCUAACAACAUCUCCUAACAAUGUUAUUAAUCAAGAACAACAUUUACCCAAUGGUAGACGAUAUAGUACAAUAUCGUUUCGAAAUAUUCCUUAUAUCGGUAUAAAUGGUAAGAUGAUUAAUAAAAAGGAACAUUGUUGGGAAUCUCUAUCACAACUAUCAUCACCAUAUCGUCAUUCAGUUGUAACAAUUGAAAAUAGUUCAUUGUAUCGGGGUAGUCUUAGACGUAUAUCAUUACCGAAUAAACUGAAUGAUGAUUUUAAACCAAAUAAUCCAAUAAUUAUAUCAAAGAGAACAAAUAAUGAUAAUCAGUCAAAUAUAACCAUCAAUCAAAAUGAGCAACUUCCAGAUUCAAUAAUUGGUUCACUUAUAGAGCAGAUCAAUCUAAAUCUCCUUCGAAAUCCUUCAUUUACUCUUUUUACAAUAUCGAAUUUUUUAUCAAGUCUUGGAUUUUUUGUUCCCUAUAAUUUUGCACAUGAUCUUGCAAAAGAUUCACAUGUUGAAGAAACUGAUAGAAAGUUUGUUAUUAUGGCAAUUGGUCUUUCAACUUGUUUUGGUCAUGUUAUUAUUGGAUAUUUAGCCGAUCUUAAAUGGGUUAAUCGUUUGACAUUGUACAGUUUAACAUUGAUAAUAGCCGGUCUAGCGACAAUCUUUGCUCCAUAUAGUGGUUCUCAUAUUCUUCCUCAUCUUGUUUAUGGAUCAUUUUUCGGUUUCUUCUCUGGUGGUUAUGUUGGAUUAACAUCAAUAAUUACUGUUGAUCUUGUCGGUAUAGAUAAAUUAUCGAAUGGAAUGGGUAUUAUUCUACUAUUUCAAGGUAUUGCUACUGGUAUAGGUACUCCAGCUGCUGGCGCAAUGCGCGAUGCAUUUGAAAAACAUGCUCGACCAUUUCUUUGGCCAUAUUUGAUGUUUGGUGGUUUUGUAGUAUUAAGUGGUGCCAUCCUAUUUGCAAUUCCAAUAUUAAUACGAAGAGAUGAAAAUCGAGAAAAAUUACACAAAAUUCCAUUGGAUAUCAAUCUUAUUUCUCAUUUAAAUACAAAUUCAUCUUCAGAUCCAUAA